UCGCUAACCUUGGAUGCGAAGGUGCCGUGAAGUUUCUCGCAAGGGAAACACACGCGCCAGGACGAAAUAUAUAGAGCUUGAGUGCUAGAUAGAAGAAGGCGGACAUGGAAGGGAGGAGCGCGGCCGCCGCGAUGUCGUCGGAGCCGGUAAGGCUCAUCGGCUGCUUCGGCAGCCCGGUCGUCCACCGCGCCGAGCUGGCCUUGCGUCUCAAGGGCGUCCCCUACGAGCUCAUCGAGGAGGACCUCAACAACAAGAGCGAGCUGCUGCUCACGCACAACCCCGUCCACAAGACCGUCCCCGUGCUCCUCCACGGCGACCGCUCCAUACCGGAGUCGCUCGUCAUCGUCGAGUACGUCGACGAGGCCUUCCCCGCCGGCCCGCCGCUGCUCCCAUCCGACCCCCUCGCACGCGCCAACGCCCGCUUCUGGGCAAGAUUCCUCGAAGAGGAGUUCAAGAAGCCUUUGUGGAUGGCGCUGUGGACGGACGGCGAGGCGCAGGCGGUGGCCGCGAAGGAGACGAAGGCGAACCUGACGCUGCUGGAGGCGCAGCUGCCAGAGGGGAAGAGGUUCUUCGGCGGCAACGCCAUCGGCUUCCUGGACAUCGCCGUCGGCGGGGCGCUGGCACACUGGAUGGGGGUGGUCGAGGAGAUGGCCGGCGUGCGACUGCUCACCGAAGAGGACCACCCGGCGCUGUGCCGCUGGGCGAGGGCGUACAGGGCCGACGAGAGCGUGCGGCAGUGCCUCCCGGACAGGGACCGCGUGCUUGCCGCCUUGGCGGAGAGGAAGGACCUCUAUGUCUCCAUCGCCAAGGCCAUGGCUGCACAGAAGUAGCGCAUGAUUUCACGACCGAGGAAGGGGAUACAAAGUCAAUGCUUUCGGACUUGUAUGCAUGUGAUGUGGAAGGUGGAUCCGAUGCAAUAAAAAAGAGCAAUUUGUCGCCUGUCUUGGCUCUUGGGCCGUUG